UCAGUUAUAUCACAAUACUAAGGCUUAUGCAGGAUUAAUUUAUUCAAAUAAGCCAAAAAACUUAUGUUGAUUAAGUAUAAAAUAUAUUUAUUUUAAAAAAUAUUAAAAUUAUUCCGUUAUACAAAUUAUUGUAAAUGAAAUUCUUGCCGUGUUACAGUUCUUAUUUCUUACUGUAUAUCUCUUAUGAUUGGAAAAUAAAUUUAUCUCUUAUCAUACUCUUGACCCUCUCUUGGGUUGCCUAAUCAUUUGGUCAGGCUUUUAUACAUGUAAAUAUGUAAUCAGUGUUAGUAACACAGUGAAAGUAAAACCAGUGUAACAUAUUGAAGAGGAUAUUGGAAAAAAGAACAACACUGUUUAAAAAAGUUUUUGAAUCUACCUAAUAUACUGAAAUAUAUUGAUAAAAAUGCCUGAAGUAUCUCAAGAUGCGUUUGAAGCUAAAAAUCCUUUAGAAUUUCUUUUAACUCCCGAAAUUAUGCGCGCAAGGGCUAAUACUUUGACAGUUGAAAGUCCUUUUUCGUGGAGAAAUAGGGAAAAUUCUGGUAGCGACGUAGAAGAAAUAGAAACCAGGUUCGAUGAUCCGCCUUAUUUAAAAGGAUUCAAGAGGCAGCUAGGUCACAGAAUUUUCGUAAACCGUAGUCUCCAUCUCGAAAAUAUAAAGUUCUAUGGAUUUGAUAUGGAUUAUACGUUAGCAGAAUAUAAGUCUCCCGAAUAUGAAAAAUUAGGUUUUGAUUUAGUGAAAGAACACAUGGUAUCUAUAGGUUAUCCCCAAGAAAUUUUACAAUUUGAAUAUGACCCUACGUUUGCGGUCAGAGGGCUGUGGUUUGAUUCCCAUUAUGGAAAUCUUCUAAAGGUGGACGCAUAUGGAAACAUUUUAGUAUGCGUUCAUGGUUUCGAAUUUUUAAAACACUCACGAGUGUACGAAUUAUACCCCAACAAGUUUUUAACCUUAGAUGAAUCGAGAGUUUAUGUAUUAAAUACCCUCUUUAAUCUUCCUGAAACAUAUUUGUUAGCCUGUUUAGUAGAUUUUUUUACAAAUUGCAAAGACUAUACCAUAACUGAUACAGGAGUCAAGUGUGGUGAGCUUUUGAUGUCCUACAAGUCCAUAUUCCAAGAUGUGAGAAACGCUGUAGACUAUGUUCAUUUGCAAGGUGACCUUAAGAAUAGGACAAUCGAAAAUUUAGAAAAAUAUGUGAAAAAGGAUGAACGUCUUCCAAUGUUUCUGACUAGAUUAAAAGAAUGCGGUGCUAAAACAUUCUUAUUAACAAAUAGCGAUUAUACAUAUACUGAUAAAGUUAUGUCCUAUUUAUUCGAUUUUCCACAUGGUGCCCGGCCAGAAGAUCCACAUAGGAACUGGAUAACUUAUUUCGAUAUUGUAGUGUGUGAUGCCCGCAAGCCUCUUUUCUUUGGAGAAGGUACUAUUUUGCGUCAAGUCGACACUACAACUGGUGGUUUGCGUGUAGGUGUUCACACCGGUCCAUUACAAUCCGAUCACGUUUAUUCUGGAGGAUCCUGUGACGUUUUCACGAAAUUCAUCGGCGCCAAAGGAAAAGAUGUUCUUUACGUUGGUGAUCACAUAUUUGGAGACAUUUUAAAGAGUAAAAAAAUUCGAGGGUGGAGAACUUUUUUAAUUGUACCUGAAUUAGUGAGGGAAUUGCAUGUAUGGACUGACAAAUGUCAAUUAUUUGACGAACUGCAGGGAUUAGAUAUAAAAUUAGGAGAUAUGUACAAACAUUUGGACAGUAGUACAAAGGUAAAACCAGAUAUUUCGAAAGUUAGGGCUGCCAUAAGAGAUGUUACCCACAAAAUGGAUAUGUCUUAUGGAAUGAUGGGUAGUUUAUUUAGAUCUGGUUCCAGGCAAACAUUCUUUUCCUCACAGGUAGUGAGGUACGCUGAUCUCUACGCCGCUACGCAUUUGAAUCUUCUUUAUUAUCCGUUUUCGUACAUGUUCAGAGCACCGGCAAUGUUAUUACCUCAUGAAUCAACUGUAGCACACGAACAACACUUUGUUAUGGACUUUGGCAACAAAGAGCACGACGGUUGCCCUACCGAGGUACCAGAACCCAAAAAGGAAAAGAAACCUCUAGAACGAGCACAAAGUCAAUUACCUCAUUUACGUCCAGAAACGCCGCAGUCAGUCACACAUAACCAUGAUGAAGACUUUUCAGAUGAUGACAGCGAUGAGAAACUUUCAAAAGCGGAAGAUCUAGCCUUAAUGAAAGUUGCAAUACAGACCUCAAAAUUUGGUAAAACAUAUGAAUGAAAAAUAAUUUUUGAACUGAAACACGUCAAUUGUUGAAAAUUUAGGAAUGGCUUCAGUUUGAAAUUUAUGCCAAAAUCGAAAAUAUGAUAACAAAUGGAUUGCAUACUUUUUAAGUUUUUAAUUAUUGUCAUUUUUAGGUAUCGUUGUUCAGAAUUCAUAUUUAUUGAAAUAAUUCUCAAUCUAAAUUUAAUUUUGUUGUAAUAAAUGAAAGUGUUGUCUUUUUAUAGGCAGGCGUCAUCCGUCACUUGUCACUAAAUUAAAUGUCAUUGCUUUAAUUCUUUAGUUACUGACAGUAUGCAAUAAAAAUUAAUCGUCUUUAAGUUUUAUAAAAAUUUCAAUUUAUAAUACCUUGAAACAAUCUAAAAUUAGAAGAGGGUCCAUUUGCAAGCUUUAAAUUUAAACGUAAAUGAAUACUUUAGUUCUUAAAUAAGAAAAGCCAAUAAGAUUUUUACUGUCCCUUUGAAGUUCCCAACAAGUUUUUUAUACUAUUUAAAGGAUACAUUUAAAUGUCAUAAUAAAUACGAACCAUCCCGACUAAAUGUUUUCUUAACAAUAUUGUAAUGAAAUGUUUUCAAAAAAGAAUUAACAUUGAUGAACAAUUCAAAAACAUUAAGAGAUUUUAUACUAUUUUAUUGCCCUGUCUAGUCUAGCAAUACCUUUUUAUUGACUUUUGAAUUACAAUUAUUUUUAUUAACAGCUCAAUAUUUACUUCUCAUAUAGAUCUGACAUUCGAGAGAAAGUAAGAGGAGUUUUUCAGAUAUAUAUUUUUUAUUUUACAUAUAUUGGUGACAUGUUAUAGUUGACAAGAGAAAUAUGUUGGACUUUCAAUUUACACCAGAAAAUAAUUGUCAAAAAAAUAUCGAGGUCAAAGUGGCCAUUCAGAAUCCGAAUAAAUAAGGAAAAAUUUAAUUAGUUAACAUUAUUGUAUGAAAAAUACCUAGUUUCAGAGUGGUAAGCCAAUCCGCACAAUAAUUAUUAUAAUGUAGAUCUUAGAUAAAAAUUUUAUACUAAUUUUUUUAAUAAUUGCUCAUGAGAUUAUUGAGAAUUCUGAUGUGAUCAUUUAAAUAAUAAGAAAAUUAUGUAGUGAUUUUUAUAUAUUUACUUCUCUAGCAAUAACUAUAGAUUGUGGUUCUUAUAUUUAUUUUUUCUUAGAUGUUUGUUGUGUACAUAUUAAAGAACUAAAUAAAAUUGUUGAAUGAA